AUGAGCAAGAUCGUUGAGGAAAAGACGGGGCCAAAACUAUUCAAUUUCAAGAAGAUAGUCACUUAUGUUAGACCGUUAAAAACAAAGGCAUUAAUGGAAAAUGAAACAGUAGCUGGAGAAAAAACAAAAAGUGACAGAAAAAGGCUUACUGAACUAGCCUCGACUUGGGGAUUUGACAUUGUUGAGGUAACGGGUGACGGCAAUUGCCUUUUUACGGCAGUAGCAAUGCAAUUGCACCAAAUGAUGAGCUUGAAUGCACAUAAUGAAUCAUUGUUAAUGUCGCACCUUGCGGAACAGAUGGGAAUAGACACAUCUACAUCCAUCAACGAUAUUGGUAGCAUUCUCAGGAGUAAAGUCGUCCAAGAAUUGAAGGGAGAACGAAUAGAUUUUUAUCAGUCAUUUCUGCCCAGUGAUGUAAACUUUUUUUCGGAGGCAGAUCGUUUUAUCCAAUCAGGAACGUUCUCAGGUCCGCUAGGAGAUCUUAUACCUCUAGCAAUCGCAAACGUUAUUCAAAUACCUUUAUUUGUCUUAAAUCCAAGUUUUUUGACUCCGUUUGUGAUGAUUUCUCCAGAAGGGAUGGUGCCAGCCUCAAACGUCGUCUAC